AACACGAGUUGAAAGGAAGUGACGUGUGUGACGUUUCUUACAGCACAUCGUCCACGUAGCGCUUCAAGCUAUACCGAAGCUAUACAACUACGUGUAGCGAUCAUUCUAUCAUCUGAUAUACUUCGUGCGACGUACUCGAGUUCCACGCGCAAACAUUUUCUACAGUCAUGGAUCAGAUCAAGAAACUCACAGAACCUGGCCGCCAGUUUGCCAAAGACAGCAUUCGGCUUGUCAAAAGAUGCACCAAACCAGAUCGCAAAGAGUUUCAGAAGAUUGCUAUUGCGACUGCAAUUGGAUUCUGCAUAAUGGGAUUUAUAGGAUUUUUCGUUAAGCUAAUCCAUAUUCCAAUCAAUAACAUCAUUGUCGGCUCAUAAAAAUAUACUCUGUGAGAUGUAGUCCUGAGGAUAUUAAUUAUAAGGAUUUCAUAAAAUGUCUUCUGUCUUCGUUGUAUGUUUCUGUCUUUUAUUUAUGAUACAAAAGAGUGCAUCUAUUAUUUGUGAAUGAUGAGUGAAAGAGACAUGUAUGCAUAAUAUACAUAUUAAUGUGAAUUUUAUAAUAAAAUGUCUCUACAAUUGUCCAAUUCUUAAAAAUUAUAUCUUCCUUAAGAAGUUAUUUGACAAUAUGGAGAUAAGUUUAAUAUAAAAUUUGAAAAAAAAAAAAAUAUUGUUACAACAUAUAUAGGUAAUAAGGUGUGUGUGUCGGGUCAGUCCCGAGUGACUUUCGCUACUUUAAUUAUUGCUCAUUGUUUAUUAAAGAAAGUUUAUAAAUAAACUAAUAAUAAAAACCGGAUUGUUAUGGUGA